CGCGAGUUAGCCAGGGGGAAGUAACAGUAACGGUAACGGUUAAAAGGGUUGAUGGUAGGGGCAGAGAAGGAAGACGCGCGGCUUACGUGCUGACGUAAAGCGGUCGAAGUGGGUAUAUUUCGGCUGUACACAAGCUGUGUGUUUCGUAGAGUCGUAGUUCUGUGAGUGUGUGAUAUCUGGUUAAGCUGGACCAGCAUUGGGAGACUACGAGUUCUCGCCUCUCUUCAGGCAUGAGUCAUGUGCCAGUGGAUAAUGCGCUCGGUCUGGACCAGAAGUUGGCUGAUCUAGACCUGAACUCUGAAAAUCAGAGUGGAAGAGGAAGUACAGCAAGCAAAGGGCGCUAUAUACCUCCUCACUUAAGGAACAGGGAAGCAUCUAAAGGAUUUUAUGAUAAAGACAGUUCAGGGUGGAGUUGUAGUAAAGAUAAGGAUGCCUACAGCAGUUUUGGGUCUCGAGAUUCAAGAGGAAAGCCCAGUUACUUCAGUGAUCGUGGAAGUGGAUCAAGGGGAAGGUUUGAUGAUCGUGGACGCAGUGACUAUGAUGGUAUUGGCAGUCGUGGGGACAGAACUGCUUUUGGCAAAUUUGAACGCAGUGGACACAGUCGUUGGUCUGACAGAUCAGAUGAAGAUGAUUGGUCAAAACCACUUCCACCAAGUGAACGCUUGGAGCAGGAGCUGUUUUCUGGAGGAAAUACUGGGAUUAACUUUGAGAAAUACGAUGAUAUACCAGUAGAGGCAACUGGCAAUAACUGUCCUCCACAUAUUGAAAGUUUUAGUGAUGUUGACAUGGGAGAAAUUAUCAUGGGAAACAUUGAGCUUACUCGUUAUACUCGUCCUACUCCAGUGCAAAAACAUGCCAUUCCUAUUAUCAAAGAAAAAAGAGACUUGAUGGCUUGUGCCCAGACAGGAUCUGGAAAAACUGCAGCAUUUCUUUUGCCCAUCUUGAGUCAGAUUUAUGCAGAUGGUCCAGGCGAGGCUUUGAAGGCUGUAAAGGACAAUGGAAGAUACGGACGCCGUAAACAAUACCCAAUCUCCUUGGUUUUAGCCCCAACAAGAGAAUUGGCUGUACAGAUUUAUGAGGAAGCCAGAAAAUUUUCAUACCGGUCUCGAGUUCGUCCUUGUGUAGUAUAUGGUGGUGCAGAUAUUGGUCAGCAGAUUCGAGACUUAGAACGUGGAUGUCACUUGUUAGUUGCCACUCCAGGACGUCUAGUGGAUAUGAUGGAAAGAGGAAAGAUUGGAUUAGAUUUCUGCAAGUACUUGGUAUUGGAUGAAGCUGAUAGGAUGCUGGAUAUGGGAUUUGAACCGCAAAUACGUCGUAUAGUUGAACAAGAUACUAUGCCACCAAAGGGUGUUCGUCAUACCAUGAUGUUUAGUGCUACUUUUCCUAAGGAAAUUCAGAUGCUUGCACGUGAUUUCUUGGAUGAAUAUAUCUUUCUGGCUGUAGGUAGAGUUGGCUCUACUUCUGAGAACAUCACACAGAAAGUAGUUUGGGUCGAAGACUCAGACAAACGAUCAUUUCUUCUUGACCUCUUAAAUGCUACAGGGAAGGAUUCACUGACUUUAGUUUUUGUGGAGACCAAAAAGGGUGCCGAUUCUCUGGAGGAUUUCUUAUACCAUGAAGGAUAUGCUUGCACCAGUAUCCAUGGAGACCGAUCACAGAGAGAUAGAGAGGAGGCUCUUCACCAGUUCCGCUCAGGGAAAAGCCCAAUUCUAGUGGCUACAGCUGUGGCUGCAAGAGGACUGGACAUUUCAAAUGUGAAACAUGUUAUCAAUUUUGAUUUGCCAAGUGAUAUUGAAGAGUAUGUACAUCGGAUUGGCCGUACAGGACGUGUAGGAAACCUUGGUCUUGCUACCUCAUUUUUCAAUGAAAGAAAUAUAAAUAUCACGAAAGAUUUGUUGGAUCUUCUUAUUGAAGCUAAACAAGAAGUGCCAUCUUGGUUGGAAAAUAUGGCUUAUGAACACCACUAUAAGGGUAGCAGUCGUGGGCGUUCUAAGAGAUUCAGUGGAGGAUUUGGUGCCCGAGACUAUCGACAAAGUAGCAGUUCCAACAGUUCAGUUUUCAGUAGUAGUCGUGCAAGCAGCAGCCGCAGUGGUGGAGGUGGUUAUGGCAGCAGCAGAGGAUUUGGUGGAGGUGCCUAUGGAGGCUUCUACAACAGCGAUGGAUAUGGAGGAAAUUAUAGCUCCCAGGGGGUUGACUGGUGGGGCAAUUGAAUCUGCUUUGCAGCAAAGUCACCCUUUCAGAAAAGCUAAAAUGGAAACCACAUGUAACUUAGCCAGACUGUAUUGUGUAGCUUUUAGGACAUUACCAGCUGUGAUUCUCCUGAAAAUUCAAGAGACCUCAAAGCCAGAAGAAGAAAAGAGGAACAAUCAACAACACUGUUCAGAAGUUGGAAACCUAGUUGCUGUAGUUUGGAUCCCCUCCUGCUUAUUUCCAUCCCAAACUGCAUUUAUAAUUUUGUGGCUGAGAAUCAUUUGUUUGUUAAUGUACUGUAACUUUUAACUUCAGAAAACUUACUGUUUUGAUGUCCUGUUGGCUCAGUAAUGCUCAAGUUUUCAAUUGUUUUGACAAAGUAAAUUUGCUGAACUUGGGCUAAAAUCAAACCUUGGCACACAGCUGUGAUGCAAUUUAACAGGAAUCAUCAAUUCAUUCGUAAAUAUUCUAAGUGGAACAAACGAGCAGUAUCCUCCAUUAGGAUUUUUUGAUACUUGCAGAUUGGGGAGAAAAACAUAUAAGUAGUUUUUAAUGUGGCAAAGUGUACUAAGUUGAAGUUCUGACUUGCUCACUCUAUCCUGGUUAGGCACUUAGAACCUUGUAGUCUUUAAAUUAAGCCAUUCCAGUCAUGAUGAGGUGGCAUGUAUAAGUACAUUGAUAUAUUUUUCAAAGUAGUCUUUGAAGUUAAUGCAAGUAAAUACAGUAAUUUCUAAUGUUUAGGUUAUUAAUUCUAAAUUAGGCAAAUGUGGGCAUACUAUUUUAGAAAAACCUUAUAAAGAUUUGAUUUUUAAAGUGUUCAGGGGAGAUUUAAUCUGAGUUUUUAAAUGCCUGCCAUAAAUAAAAUUGAAAUGGGAGAUUGACUGACCAUGGCAGUGACCAGUCCUCUUUGUAGACCUGGUUGGAUUUUGGUCUUUAAUGUAUGCUAGUGUUGAUGUUUUUUGGUCAAGAGGAUACAAGCAGGAGGGAUUAUGCAGCAGGCUUUAUUUUAAUGCAGAUUGUCAUUACUCUGUUUAAGCUGCAUUGAAAGUUAAAAUGGCUUACACUUGUAGACUUUAUAAAUUGGAGUAAAAAAACCUGAAAUCCUUGAGAUCACACAGGUUCAAAAUAGGUACUGUACUACACAAGGUGUCAUUUCUGUAUAGUGCAGUUUUAGUGUAUUUUAGUUACAUAGGUUUCCAUUGUAUUUAUAGUUGCUUUAUGCUAAAUUUGGCAAAAGGUGGUGGUUUACCAACAAAAAAAAGCCUAUGCUGCUUGAAAUUCUGUGAUUUUGAGGUGGGAAAUGUGAUAUUUGUAGACUAAUCUUUAUAAUGGCAUAAGAAGGCAAAAAUUUCUUAAAGUGCAAUAGGUUUUCAAGCAUAUUGUGCCUUGUUCUAAAACUUUUAUGUAGGUGCACUUGACAGUAUUGAGGUAAUUUGUUAUGGUGCUAUUUUUAAUUAGUAUAGGUUUAGACUCUUGUACACUUUGCCCAUAACUUUUUACAAAGUACUCAUUUUAUUGCACAUUUGGAGACUUUUAUAUAUAUCUGUGUGUGUGUCCUUAAACUUCCAAUCUAAUUUUGUCUCUUGGAGAUUGUUGAACACAGCUUGUUAAUAACUUAGAUUCUAAAAUUUUAUUUGGGACCAUAGAAUGGUAGUUGAGAAGAAAACUUUGCACACAACAGACUUUAGAUACUUUUUGCUGCUAUAGUUUGUGUAAUAUUUAUUGAACAUUUUGACAAAUAUUUAUUUUUGUAAGCCUAACAGUUUAAAGAAACUUGACCAAAAGACAGUACAAAAACACUGGCACUUGAAUGUUGAAUGUCACCAUAUGUGAAAUUGUAUUUUUCAGGGUAGUGUGAGCUUUUAAUUGUUCAGUCCUAUAAAACUUGAGUCAAGCAGACCUGGCAUUGUCAAUGUGGGUAACAGUAACUUUGUGGCAAAAUUUAAGACAAAAUUGGCAACUUGAAAUUAAAACAUGCCAAGGUUUUGAUAACAUGUCUUAAAAUGUUAAGGAAAUAUUUCUAAAUACUGAUACAUAGCGUCCACAUUUUCAAAAAAAGUUUCAGUUUUAUGUACUUACAUGUUCUGUUGUUUAGUUUUCAGUGUCUGGCAUAUUGUAGUCCUCAAACAUGUGGUUAUCUUUUUGUAUUGCUAUAAUCAGUGACUUUUACAUUCAGUUUUGUUCAACCAGCAGUAUUUUCAGUGAAUAAGAAUAGACUUAAAUUUGCUGAAUGUAGAUAUUAAACCUCAAGUCACUGUAAAUUUAGUAAUUGCUUAUUGUAUUAGUUUUAGAUGCUAGCACUGCAUGUGCUAUGUUUAUUCUGGUUUUAUUAAAAUAAAGAGUUGAACACAA